ACUAAAGUGUAUAUAAUCUUUUUGUUAGAUGUUUCUUAGUUGCCAGUUACUGCUUAGUUGGUUUCAAUGGAUCCAGCUAAAGUUUUAUCAAGUUACCCAGUCAAGGGGAUGCAGUUCAAGAUUUCCCCAUGCCAGGUCCCACCUGGAAUACCGUACACUAAAAAGGAGUCAGAAGGGCCAAUCCCUAAGGAGGAAACCAAAUCAAAAGUGCUACCGAUUUACAGCCAGCCCAAGCCGGCAAAAGUGUUCCAUUGUAAUCACUUUGAAGAUUUACAAGAACCUUUGACCAUUGAGGAAUCAUUGGAGGGUACAUUUGAGGAUGGUCUUUUGGAGUUUGAGGACAUUUUCGAAGAGGUUAGUCGAAUGAAACGGCGAGUUAGUCAACUCAAUAACCUACUUGGCACCAAUGUACCGGAAUGUCCAAGCAUCGAUGUCUGCGAUCAAGAACAUAUACUUUUGGGGAUUCCUUCUCCAAUCCAUCCUGAUAUCCUCAAGCUAAGGGUUUCAAAUAUCAAACUGAAAAAUCAGAUCACUCUGCUGCUACCCGUCCGAAAGUCAGUCCAUUUGGCCACCAAAUUCAUCUGGAACGAAUACUGCAGAAACAAGAAGCUCGUGGAUGAGCUGCUCAGAGGCAUCCAGGAGCUGGACUUUUACAAACUCCAAUUCGAGAAGCACGAAGGACUGUGCCUUCAAAGGUUUCGGUUCCUGGAAAACGAAAAGUACAGUGGCAGGGAAUUUUAUCAAUAUAUCGAUAGGAGGACAAGCUGGAUUAAAACGGACUUUAAAAGACAAAUAAUUAGAAGUGAAUACAACCCGUUCAAGGACAAAGCCUUCAAUGUGAUUCGGGUUCUAGGAAGGGCCUCGGACUGUUUAAGGAAUCAUAUGUUAGGCGUGAUUAGUGACAAAAAAAAUGAACUAUUUGAAACAGAAUAAAAUUUGAGUUAGUUUGAUAAGUAAAAUCUAAAA